ACAAUAAUAGAAAUUAAUUAUUCCUUAUACUACUCUUAUUUACUACUCAUUUAUUACAUACAAAAAAAAAAAAAACACCCAAAAUAGAAGACAGCUCGUGCAAAAUGAACGAUCAGAACUCGCAGCGAAAGAUGCGCGAACAGACGUUACUGCGUAGCCAAAUAAACGAGGGCCAAAUUAAUCCCGAGUACUCGGAUCAAUUGGUCAUGAAUAAUCGCACGCCCACGUCUAUGAUGAGCCGCAAGGCCACCACCCUGGUGCUGCCAGACUUUUCACGCUUCACACUGGCCAAUCUGGCAUCACUGCCAUCGCACAGUGGCCCCGAUACAGAGAAGUCGAAUGCCUUGGAUCAGCUUAAAUCACCGAUUGGCAAGUACACGGAUCGCGUGGUCGAUGAUAUUCUGGUGCAGAUAUUUGAGGAGCGACGCGGUGACUUUUCCGUCACAUCCUCCAGCUGUGACAUGGCCGUUGUCAAGUGGAUCAAGUCCAAGAAGGAGCUGCAUGUCGACACGCGUCUCAAGUACUGGCGCGAGAUGAUGCAGCGGCGCCGCAAGCUGCAGCUGCGCGUGCAGAAGGUAACGGGCAAAAAUGCCGCCGAAGUGCUGUUCAAUCGACGCGCCAUGGAGAAUCGCAACGAGCAGACGGUGAAGCGUCUGCUGGAGUAUGCGGAGCGCAUGCGUUGCGAGCGGCUGAUGGCCAAGCCGACGGCCAGGCUGCCUGAGUUACAGGAUCCCUGUACGUGUCAGCUCAUCCCGGAGCUGCAGGAGACGCUGCCCAAAGCGGAACGCGAUGGCUACACGGACGUGGAGAUCAUUGGCAUGCCAAGUGUGACCCAACGGGAGCUCCUGGGCAGAGAGGCAAUGGGCCAGCAGCUGGCCACGGGCUGGCUAAAGUCCAGCCACUUGGAUAAGCGUCUGGAGCAUCGUUUCUGUGACAUACACAAUGUACUGGACUUUUUUCCCGAUCUCGAUGACCUGCAGGUGACGGGCAUCAAUAUGGAGCGGAUCAAGAUUGGGCCCAAGGCCCAAUUUGUGGCUGCCCCAUCCCUGAGGACCAUCACAAACAGCUCAUCGUUGCCCUGCAUGGAGGAGUGCGAAUGCGAGUCGUUUACGGAGGAUCAAACGGCGCCUGAAGUGUCGCCGACGCCGCCGCCGCUGGGGCUGCGGAUCAACGGCAAGGACUACGUGCCCGCAGGCACUGGCGAUGGCCUCAACGAGUGCUACGAGACACUGAUCAAGUUCUCGUGCGAUCCGUUCGAGCUCAGUGCCAAGCACAUACUGCAGCUGACGAACAUUGGCCAGCAGACGCUGUCCUUUACGUGGAAGCAGGGCGUCUACUACUACAAUCGCGGCUCCCUGCUGCUGGCCAAGGACAAUGAGUUCCAGUUCGACAUUGAGAACUUCCGUUUGACGCAUGGCGAGACCCGCAAUCUGAUCGUUAUAUAUCAGCCACGCAAGGUGGCCAUAGCCGUGGAAUUGUGGUACUUGACCGUGGAGCCACGCAUCUUUUGCAGCGGCAAGGAGUCGCUGAUGAUACGGCUGCAUGGCUGCUGUACGCCCUCGCAGGAAUACCGCGCCAAGCUGCGGGAGCUGCACUGCACGACCAUUUGCAAGGGCAACACCGAAGAGAUGAAUCAGCUGACCACCAGACUGGGCACCAUAUCGCCCUUGGUUGUGCCGCCGCCCGCCUGCUGUCCCUACGAUCGCACCUUGGACGAUCGGGAGCUGUUCAAUGGCUUGAAUCCGGGCCAUCAUUGCUUUCGUUUCGAUGAUCUGGAGGUGCUCAAGGGUCUGCACGAGCAACUGAAGAAGCCCCGGGAGCGGCCAUGGGAUCUGCGACUGGACACCAUCAAGGGGUACAUCAUGCGCAUCGAGGCAUUGGAGCAGCGCGAGCAGCUCUUCGGCAUGUACACAGAGAUACUGGGGAAUAUGCUGGAGCCGUCGUGCAGCCUGGACGACAUCCAGCAGCUGGACACACAGAGGCAACGCACGCGCUUCAUCUAUGUGCGCGGUGUCAUCUGCAAUGGCCUCGAUGAGUGGGAGGAUCUCAUGUGCACCGUGGAGGAGUCGUUCUAUAAGCCAGAGCUGCAGCGUUACUACAUCAGUCUCAUGCAGCAGCAGCAGCAGCAGCAGCAGCAGGAGGAUGACGAGGAGGAUGAGGCUGAUGGGGGUGGUGGUGAGGGUGAUCAGGCUCAGCGUAAAUUGACAUUCACCCCAGCAGAUCUGGAGAAACUGCGCGAAUUCUUUGCCGAAGAGGAUGUGGACCAGGAAAAGAUUAAAUCGAUUGUCAUGACGAAACUGUAUCAUUCGAAAUACUUUCGGGAUGCGCUCUUCAUACAGACCUACUCCCAUUUGUGCAACAUAGCCGAGAAUAUUGUCUCCGUCAUCGAGAGCACAGAUAUUGUGCCAAUAUAGAAGAAACGCCCCACACCUUUUGCCUUAAUUAGUAUCUGUUUUUGCUUUGUUUUUUUUUUUUGUUUCUCGUUGAUUUCUUAAUUGAAAAUCUUUUUGCAUUGCCAAUGAGAGAGAGAAAAAAAAUUAAACGCAAAAAGUUGCGCACAUAUUUUAUAAAUUCAUAUUGCAAUUGCCAUUUCUUUUGGCUGCGGCGCUGAACGAAAUUGCAACAAACAUGCAAAUAUAUAAUUUUAAUAAAGUCCUGGAGCAGCAGCAGCG